CGCUGAGAUUUUUCGCUAGUCACUUCUCGCACUAAGCAAUAGCUGUUAGAAUCAAUCGUUCUGCACUAACCACCACAAAACCGCAAAAUGGCGACUACAACCAUGCAUUUUGGCCCCGAGUGGAUGCGCGCGAAGCCACAAACUCCUGCUACUCGCCCCCAAGCACCUCCCUCUCCACCUCCACCGGCAAUAUCUAAUACACAGCAAGCGAACGCGUCAACUUAUUCUGCACUCGUUACACCUGCUGCCGCACCAGAGCCUGAGAAACGUGAUGAAUGCCGUCCUUUCAGAUAUUCAAAGGAAGCAAUGCUCAGAAUCUACAAAGAGGGUGGCGGGAGAGGCGGUCUGGGAUUGGAGGUGGAAAGAUGGGAGGGCAUUGUACACGAAGUCAGCAGUGAACCCACAGGAUUGCGCGAAAUGAGCGAUGCGGAAAAGAAGCUGUUUGCUGGGCCACUUAAUUCCGAACUUCGGCGGCGCCAGUCUACCGACCUCAUAAGCACGCUGUCAUCUCCAUCUGAUAGACCCAGGUUGAACCAUUCCAAUACCGGAGGAGGGAGCCCUAUGAGAGGGUUUGGUCUCAUGGGAAGGAGGAGGGAUAGCACAGAUCAACCACCACUUGCAUUACCUCGUAAAUUGUCUGUAUCUAAUACACAAGGUAAUUCUCCACGCGACGGAGCACUGCCUUCCCCUCGUACCCGAAUAGGUGGCUUUGCUUCAGGAUUCGACGGUGUUCUUAACGGCGGAGAUUCUUGGAUGGCUAGACGGCGAACAUCGGAGAGCGUACUGAAAGUUGGGGGAGUAUCUACAGGGACCCGUCCGGAGAGCAGAGAAGAGGAUGCGAAAGGACGUAACAUCAAAGAAGUGGAGGAAGAACACCCAGUACAAAACACUGCGCUCCAGCCUAGCCCUUCUGGCGCUUCUCAAUUAUCUCCAAUCCCUGAUUCCCAGCCCCUCGAUACCACAAGCAAUAGUCCGAGCCAGCAAUCUGCGCUAAGUGCGGAUUCUGUGACACAUCGUAUGACUGGAAUGAGUCUUGAUAAAAAUGAGCGGACCAACGCGAACUUUCAUCUCAAUCCGGUGGCCGACAGUCUGACGGGUCCACCACCAGGUCUGGAUCCGGCUAGCGUUGAGUGGUCAUACCUGGAUCCUCAAGGUCAAGUGCAAGGUCCUUUCAAAGCUGAUUUAAUGCAGAAAUGGUUUGAUGAGGGCUAUUUCACUCCCGGCCUCCUGAUGAAGCGUACUCAUAUUGAUCGAGAAUGGACGGCGGUUGGGAUUCUCGACCACCAGUCCGCCGGUGGAAAGAUAUUUCUUUCGCAAUUCCCAACGUCCACUGGACCUCCUGGUCUCAGUAUCCGUACCGAUUCCUCACAGAAUUACUCCCCUGCUGCCCAGAAUUACUCCCCCGCUCAUGAGCAUAAUACAUUUACUGGAUAUCAGCCUGUGCCAACCCGGACUCUCCGUACUGCAACAUUGGACCCAUACCUUAAUAGCGCAUCUCCUUCAGAUUCUCCCUCCUCGUCCUUUGGUGGUGGGAGGUUUGGCAACGGCUCCCCCGAUACUUCUGCAUUGGCGGGGAGAGUUGGAAACCUUUACACUGGUGACUCAGGACUCGGCUCUCAUGGUUUUACUGGAAAUUCGGGUCCAUUCGGUCCAGUCGGGGACCCCCGCUCGUCGUUCAACACUUUGGCACCCGGAAGAACUUCAUCACUGGACACAUUCAGCACCUAUAAGAACAACAACAACUCCCAAUGGCCACCGUCCAUGACCCAGAAUGUGCAACAUUUUGGCGGUGGUGAGCAUUCCCUUGCAGCUGGUUUCAACAAUGGCAUCGGCUCGGGCGUCAUACCGGUGCCUGUGCCGAUUGCGCAGAGCCACUCUUUCACACAAGAGCCCUCGUAUGGCGAUGGCACGUACAACGCCAUGGGCAGUCUCGGCGCCUCGCACGAUUCACCCAUCGCACGGCACCCUGUUGAGACGAACGGGUUAGGUUUCAACAACCUAGGGAUGAACGGCUCACCUUAUGUCCAGCACUUCCCGCAGUCCCCUGUCGUGCCGCAGCAGCGCUCGUCUACAUCGCCGUUCGGUGAAGUUCUAGCGAAGGUCACUGAACCGCCUGCCGUGCGGACACCAGUGUCUGCCGUGCAGCCUGAGAAUGUGUCAUCACCCUGGGGCGCACCCGAGCCUGCUACUGUACGCCGCCCGGCGGCUGAGAUCCCUACCCCACCCCCUGUUGCUCAGGCACCUCCAGCUGCUUGGAGUCAACCCCCGCAACCCGCUCGUAACGCCCCCAAGUCAAAAGACCCUUCACCUUGGCUGACAGCCUCCCUAGGCGUCGUCGAUGAUGGAUGGCGCGAGGUUCCUGGCCCAAACAGUCUCACUGUGAGCAACCUCGGGCAGCAUAAUAAGAUGUACGAGGAUGUAGAUGAGGAGUCCAACGUUGCUGUGUCGCCCAUUGGGGAAACGGAGGAGGAAGCUGCACCGGUACCCGUGCCAGAGAUACCCCAGCCAGCGCCUGUGACCCCGGCCCCCGCUCCACACAUUGAGCCCCCAGCGUUUCCAGCGCCAAAGGCCAAAGUCAAAUCCACUGUUCGUGAGGUUCAGACACCCGCCCCGACUUCAGCACCGAAAUAUACACCUCCCGCGCCCACACCUGCUUUAAAGAGCCCAUCUCCUGUUCCAAAGCCUGCGUGGGCGACUGAAGACGAUGCGAAAAAGGGCAAGGCAUCGGUCGGUCUGCGCGAGAUCCAGGAGGCAGAGGUAAAGAAGGCAGAGGCACGUAAAGUUGCGGAACGCGAGCGGCUUGCACGCGCCAAUGUACCGAUCCCACCUGCUGUCGUCGAGGAUGCGCAGCCAUUCACUGCAUCGUGGGGACUUCCGACCUCUCAAACGGGUGCACGAGCUGCUGUGACGCCGAGAGCUGGAGAAGCUGCGGCAACACCUGCGGCGAGCGCUCCAGUAUGGACAUCAACGAGUACAGCACCUGCCAAGAAGACGAUGAAGGAGAUCCAAGAGGAAGAGGAGCGCCGGAAGAAGAUGGGACUGAAGGACUCGAUGGCGGCGACAGCUGCAAGGCGCGGAUAUGCAGAGACUACUUUCAAGGUGGUUCCCAGUGCACAGGCUAGUGCGCCCGUUCGUCCAGCCGCUACUCCAUCCGUGUCUGCACAAGCAGCGCCUACGCCUCGCCCCAAUGGUAUAGCAGUCCGCUCAACCUCGCAGGCUUUCACAAAGGCUGCUGCUGCCACACCAUCACGCGUAGACGACACGCCUGUCACGUCUACACACGAUUUCCUCAAGUGGCUGAACGAUACGCUGAAAGGGCUCAAUAAUUCCGUGAAUCUGGAAGACAUAACGCAGAUGCUCCUCUCUUUCCCCCUUGACCCAGACCCUUCUACAUCAGAGAUCAUUUCCGACCUGAUCUAUGCGAACAGCACUACGCUUGAUGGGCGGAGGUUCGCAGCAGAGUUCGUUAAGCGCCGCCGGGCUAGUGGGACAGCCGGACCAGGACCGAAUGGGAAUGGGAAGGUGUCGAUCGCAGACGUGGUGAAGACAGCGCCACGGGCUGCUCAGCCAGAAUGGGGCUUCAAGGUGGUGAAUAAGAAGAAGAAGGGGAGGGCGUGAGUUGGAGUAGGAGGAUAUUUUUAGUGUUGUACAUGCAUACUCAUAAGGAUGCUGAGACGCUCACUUGCUUGUUUUUAUCAUCUCAUGAAUUAAUUUUCCCUGCUCAAGUCCUAGCUUACAUUGCGAUCAAUGCUGCUCGAGCAGACAUCUCAUUCACAAUCACUCAAGCUAAGCACUCAUUAUUCAAACUGGAGUCCAGUCAUCGAAUAAUCAUGAACGAAUAUCAACAACCCCACGACCCACUCAUCCCC